AUGUCCGAACAAAAGAAAGGCCCCAGUAUUGUGGUAUCGCCUCAAAGAAGCAACUUCAGUGAAUUCGAUACUGGAGAACACGAUGUUUUUGUGGUCAAGGAGGAGGGACCUGAUUUUCGGGGUGUUUCGUGCUUUGGAGCUGCGGUUCUUAUUGCAAAAUCCCAGUUCGGUCUUGGUGUUCUUGGACUUCCACAAACGUUUCAUUCCCUAGGAUUUGUCCCUGGUUUGAUAUGUCUAAUUACACUUUGCACAAUAAGCACAUGGACCGGCUACAUAGUGGGAAAGUUCAGGCUUCGUCACCCCCAUAUCUACAGUAUAGGCGAUGCAGCAGAAAUGAUGUUUGGAUCUGUGGGUCGAGAGUUCAUGGGAGGAGCAUUUUGGUUAUUCUAUGCCUUGUGCUAUGGAGCCUCCGUUUUGACCCUCUCAAUUGCAUUCAACACGCUAAGUGGCCAUGCUAUUUGCACCACCGGGUGGGUUGGUAUAGGUGCCAUUAUCAGUCUAAUUUUGGGUACAGCUACGAGAACGAUGAAGGUUAUGUCCUGGUGUGGAUACAUUGCGAUCUUGUCUGUUUUCAUCAGUGCAUGGACUGUUGCAAUAGCUUGCCUUGUUCAAAAAACACCAGCAGCUGCUCCUACAGAUCAACCGUUGAACAAGGAGGUUGCAGCUGUAGCAGUCAAUGUUCCAUUUUCUUCAAUAGCUAGCGCUGUGGCUACACAGCUUCUAGGGCUUUGUGGAACGGCAUCGUUUUUUACAAUUCACACUGAAAUGAGAGACCAAACCCAGUAUGUCAAAUCUCUUCUCAUGGGCCAGGGCUUCGUUGUUACCAAUUAUGUCGUUCUUGCGUGUAUUAUCUACGGCAGAGUUGGAAAGUAUGUCACAUCUCCAGCACUUGGAUCUGCUGGACCGCUUUUCCAGAAAAUAUGCUAUGGAAUAGCCCUCCCAGCCUUGAUUUUCUCGUCCUUCUUUCAGGCCCAUUUGGCAGGCAAAUACUGCUUGGUUCGUCUUCUUCGUGGAACUGAGCAUCUCCAGGAGAAUACCUUUAAGCACUGGUUUACUUGGAUUUCCAUGAUGGCAGUGGUGAUAAUAUUUGGAUUUGUGAUUGCCAGUGCCAUUCCGUUCUUUGAUGAUUUGUUGGCGCUUAUUGGUGCUUUACUUGUGGCUUGUAUGAGCGACGAUAAGGCUCUCGGAAAGAAUAUGACGAGAUCAGAGGCAUUUGCUUUGGAGCAGCGGAUUCGGAAUAUCUCCGAGAGUUUUCAAAAUGGUGGAAAUUCAGAGAAUGUCGAUGGUCUGGCCGAGGAAAGUCCCCAGAUCGAACAGAAUCUUCCCAAAAGACGAAAAGUUGAAAAAUCCGCCGUCAUCAGCGACGAUCUGGACUCCGAAACCAGCGAUAACGAAAAUCAUUAUAACGGGCUCAACACGCUUUUGUGCCUGGCUGUUUCGGAACACGGAAGCUCCCACGUAAGCGAGGAUAUUCGGGGAGAAAUCAGAAGAUACUCGCAUUCAUUGACACCGCAGGGUGCUCGAGAGACGUUUAUUGCCACGGAAAACUUGUCUUUGGGGAAAUUGGGCCGUGAUUUUUUGAAAAUGCAUCGGAAGAAUACCGUGAAAAACCGUGCCACCGAUAUCACCGCCUACGAUAUGGGUAUACUAAGAAGAGUGUCCAGACGGUAUUUUACCUGGAUCAGCAGUGCCUACCCUGUGAUGCACGAAAAGCAGUUUUACGAUAUGCUUGAGCUGUGCCAUAAUGAUCCGACCUCUGUAUCCAAGAUUGUUCUAACCCAGGUGAAAAUCGUCAUAGCCAUUGCCCUAGCAUCAAUCAGCAGACCUCAUCUUUCGACAUCAGAACUAGGCCACAGUUCGCAUGCUUUCUGGAAAUCUGCUACAAGAAUAUUGCCCAGAUCGGUUUCUGAAGCCCCCGGUUUGGUCCAGCUCCAGAUCUCCUUGCUUCUUCUCCAGUACACUUUGCUAGUUCCCAAGGCAGGAAACCUCUGGCAGUUGGCUGGAUCCGCCAUGAGGUGUGCUACAGAAUUGGGCUAUUAUGCUGAACCUACCCCAGGAAAAAACGUGGACCACUUGACCCUUGAUCUACGUCGCCGUUUAUUCUGGACAUGCUACUGUGUGGAUCGAACGCUUAGUACCAUUAUGGGGCGUCCUAGCAGCAUUCCAGACGACUGGAUCAGCACUGAAAUGCCUUCUUUAGUGGAAGAUUCACUUAUAUCGUCAGAAGGCGUCCAAGAAGGCCCUACUUGCCAUUUGAAAAUUGCCUUGAUUCACCAUGUUCACAUCUGCCGUUUGCAGCUGGAGAUCCACAGCAGACUCUAUGCUCCAUACCAUUCUUCCAGGGUCGACCAAGAGUCGCUUUCCAAGUGGACAUGGCACAUGUACGACCAUCUUCGAGCCUGGCGUCUGUCGCAUAUGUAUCCUACUCCAUUGAUCACUAAAGAAUGGACCGACUUUCAGUUCCAUAUAGCCGUGGUGCUUCUUUUGAGACCAUCGCCAAACCGACCAACUCCUACUUUUGAAGAACUUCAUGUUGCUUUCCACUCUGCUGGUCAGGCCAUGAGUCUAGUGAAAAUCAUGCAUCGAGAAGCUUCAGCUGUAUUUGCCUGGCUUACCGUCCAGAGUCUCUUCAUGUGUGGAUUGACGUAUAUCAAGUACCUUCGGACCUUGUGCAAUGGAAACGAAGCACGCUUGUGCAAGCCCUUUGUGGAGAUUAUUCUAGAGGUCCAGGCGUGCACUUCCAUGCUUGAAACGCUAUCUGCUUUGGACACUGGCGAUCACGAACAGAUACGAAACGUUUUCGAGCUUGUUUCUUCGAAUGUGCUUCAUGAACUUUCCAACUCAUGCAAUGUGACAAGCCAGUCCGGGAAAAACUGUGAGUGUAUUUGGGACCGUCUUGCAAAAACCCAGAACGACUCGACACCAAGACCUACAAAUAUCCAGGGCAGUCCGAUCGAAGUUCAAAGAGAAUCCAGCAUUGACUUCAUCACCAAACUACAGGAAAGAAACAGCAUGUUGGUGGAUGACGAACACUUUUACCAGCACGAUGUGGAUGCCAAUGCCACCUCUGGAUUUAUCCACUCUCGUAGGUAUGGAGGAGGAAUGACCAGCGACUCCCAAGGCGCCGUGGCCACCAGAUCGUGGAAAGACCAAAAUUCUUCUUCCACACAGAUUACAGAAAAAGAAGUCCCGAGAGACUUUUCCUACCUCGAAAGAGGAUACCCGUCCUACCCCAGUCCAGGCAUUUUCACUACACCGAUGCAAGACAGCCUUCUGACCGACAUGCCCAACAUUCCCGACGACACAAGUGCCGAUUUGGAGAGAUGGUUUCUAUACCCGAUUUAA